GACGACGUCGCAGACAGCCUCGACAGCGGGCGUGUCGUUCUUUUCCUUUCCUUUGUAGGCCAUGGCCUCCGCGUCGGCAAACCAGGCCGUUCACUCUGGCGACCUCGUCGACCUUGUUUCACACUCGGCAUCUGCAACGGUCUACCCCUCCGAUGACACAAUACUCUCUGUUCUCCAAGCUCGCUUUCGCUCUGAUUUACCUUACACCCGAAUCAACACAUCCCACCUUGUCGUGGUUAAUCCGUAUAAAACACUCGCGAACCUGAACGACUCGAGCGCGAAGGAGUAUGAGGAGAGGUCUUACAAGGACACGAGUCUGCCCUUGGGGCAGUCGGGGCCGCCGCUACCACCUCAUUUGUACGAUCUGGCGGGAAAGAUGUACCUGCUCAUGAGGAGGAGAGCCGAGUCCCAAUCCGUGGUGUUCCGAGGUAUCACCGGUUCUGGCAAGUCUUCCAGCAGCAAGGUCGUCGUGGAGCAGCUGCUUCGUCUCUCAUCACAUUCCAAAAGGGAAUCAAAACUUGCGGAGCAAGUGAAAUCUUUGAAUACGUUGCUCGACUCGUUUGGAAAUGCGAAGACGCUCAUGAACCCCAACGCAUCGAGACACAGCCGGUACCUCGAGUUGCACUUCAACGAGCGUGGUCGUAUCGGCUCCGCGAAGGUGCUGACGUGGGGCUUGGACAAGUCGCGGCUGAAUCACCUGUCGCACGAGGAGCGUACGUACCACAUCUUCUACCAGUUAUUGGCCGGGGCGAAGCGGGAAGAGCGGGAUUUCUACAACUUGGAGGAUCCGUCCGACUAUGCCCUAUUAGCGUCCUCAGGAUGCUACCGGCUGCCGGCGGGGCCCUUCAGCGACGACAGCAUCGCGAUGGAGGAGCUACGAGCCGCGAUGAAGACGCUAGGGUUCAAGCCCAAGCACAUCUCGUCCAUCUUCAAUCUUGUCGUCGCUAUCCUCUUGCUCGGUAACCUGCAGUUUGGUGAAGCGGACGCCCGCGAUGUGUCGGCGUACGUUAUGAACACGCAGGUGCUGGAGCAGGCGGCUCGUCUGCUCGGCGUGUCCGCGGAUGAUCUUGGUCAGACGCUGACCAACAAGACCAAUUACGUUCGGAAGGAGCUGUACACCGUCUUACUGAACGCUGAGCAGAGCGCCGCACAGCGGGACUCGUUUGUCCGGGAUCUCUACGCCAUCCUCUUUGCAUAUGUCGUUGAGAGCGCUAACCACCGCAUUGCACCGAGCUCUCAAGACCCUCCUCCUUCGACGCAGAUCGUGCUCUUCGAUCAGCCGGGUCACCAGUCCAAGGGCCCGACCGGCACCAAUUCGAUGGCCUUCACCAACGCGCCUCUUAUCUCUGCGUACGGUCACAAUGGGUUCGACGAGUUCUGCAUCAACUUUGCCGACGAGGUCGUGCAUUCGUAUGUCGUGCGGAACAUCUUCGAGGACAGUGUGGGGCUGAAUAGCCAGCUGACCGGCGAUGGUGUGUCUUUAACACCUAUCACAACCAUGGAUAAUGGCGCCUGCAUUGAGCUUCUCAGAGGUACGACUCUCAGCGAACGCGCUCACCGCAAACCCGGAGGGAUCUUGGGCGUGAUGAACAAGGCUUGUUCGUCGUACAAGUCUGGUAAGAGUAGUGAGAAGAAGGAUGAGGAUAUGUUACAGGACCUGGUCGAGAAGUUUGGCGUCCAUGCCUCCUUCGUUUCCAGCCCCAGCAUGGGAGGUCAGGCUGACAGGAACCUCUUCGGCAUCAAUCAUUACGCCGGAAGUGUUUCGUAUGAUGUGACAGGUUUCGUCGAGAAGGAUGCCGACCUCCUGGACUCAGCCUUCGUGACCAUGCUCCGCGGCUCGUCAGAGUCCUUCGUCUCCAAGCUAUUUUCAGGUCCCAGCUUGGCUGCAGAGCGUCACCCUCGGGACGAAGGUAUCAUCGUCCAGGCUCAAGUCUCAUCACAGCCUUUACGCCAGCCAACUCGCAUCAUCGCCGCGGAUGGGUCGGUACAAGCGUCAGGCGAAGAGCACCCUCGGUUAGAUCCUGGAAAGGUGUACCCUGUUACCACACAGCUCAACUACAACCUUUCCGAGAUCCUAUCGAACAUCGACCGCACUCGAUUAUGGACAGUGUCCUGCAUUCGACCCAACGACUCAGGCUCUGCCAACUCGUUCGACAAGCGACGGGUUAAGGCGCAGAUCCGGGCCUUGCUCCUGCCUGAUAUUGUUGCACGGCGUAAGCAGGACUUCAUGGUUGACUACGAGAAGUCGGCAUUCUGCGACCGAUACGUACCGACAAUGCGUGGGGAGGAGGCGGACCGGAUCCACCAGUGCGCUGCUGCGAACGGAUGGCGGGAGGGCGUGGACUACUUGCUUGGUCAUAGAUCGAUAUGGCUGACGUAUGACGCCUGGAAGAUGGUCGAGGACCCGCUGCGUGCGGCGGAGAAGGAGAGGAAGCCGUCCGACGAGGAUGCGGUGGAAGACGCUGCAUACCCGGAUGAUGCUACUGAGGUCACUCACCAUUCGACGGGCGGGCCUAUGGUCCAGAGUGGCUAUGGUGACAGUGCAGAUAACCUGCUGUUGGCCAGGACGGGCGCCGAUGGCCAGCAGUACCGCGAUCCCAAUAACCAAAGUUACUAUGGGUCAGGUGGCCUUCGUACGCCCAACGCUCCUGCGUACAGCGAUGCCGACAACAGUGUUUGGGAGUCUGAUUAUGACAAGAAGGAUGGGUCUCCUGGUGACCGCUCGCCUUACGAGCCGUCUAAGGAGGGCGGGGGGAUGGUCGUGAAAGAGGCGCCGAAUGCAGUUGAAGAAGUGCCUACUAGUCGUUCGCGACGUAUGUGGCUCUGGGUUGUAUGGGGUAUAACAUGGUGGAUACCGUCGUUCGUCCUGAACAAAGUGGGUCGCAUGAAGCGGCCUGACGUGAGACUAGCUUGGAGGGAAAAGGUGGCCAUUUUCGUACUCAUCUUCCUGCUGAACGGAAUCGUCGUGUUCUACAUCGUCGAGUUCGGCCGGCUCCUGUGCCCCAAUUUCGAUAAGGCAUGGGGGACGAACGAGGUUGCCCAGCACACUGGAAACAACGACUGGUGGGUUGCGAUCCAGGGCGAAGUAUACGAUUUCUCCAACUUCAUCCACGGGGACCAUAGUGAUAUCCAGGGCGAGGCUAGCAAUGGUCAGGAUACUCUCGAGACCCUGGCCGGCACUGAUAUGACGGACUACUUCCCGCCACCGCUCUAUUUGGCCUGUCCCAAUCUGGUCAACGACAAGACCAUGGCUUUGCAGUAUGCGAACUUCACCCCCCUAAUACCCACUGCCGUGCAUACUUCUGGUCCCUUGGCCUCGGACGCAAACAGUAAGCUCCACGAUGACAAUUGGUAUACGGACACGUUCCUGCCCAAAAUCAAGAACUAUCAUAAAGGGCCCUUGGUAUACUCCAAGAACGAUAUUGCGUCGGCUGCCUCCACUGACGGUGGUAACACUGAUAUACGCAACUGGGUCAUAUGGCAAAACCAAGUCUAUGAUCUUACGGAUUACAUCAAUACCCAAAGCGUCUUGGGCGGCACGAAUAGUGCCUAUAGUUUCCUAGACAGUGAUCUGGUCGAUAUAUUCAAGCAGCAACCCGGUCAAGAUGUCACGGAUGCCUUGAACAAGGUGUACGCGGGAAUGGAUGCGCAAACUCGGAAUCUGAACCAAGUUUGUUUGAGAAAUGCAUUUUAUGUUGGAGAGAUGGACUUCCGGAAGACCGCAAGAUGUCAAGUUCAGAACUAUCUCUUACUGAUAUUCUCAGCUAUUCUCAUGGCGUCCAUGGUCCUCAAAUUCUUGUCUGCCUUACAGCUCUCACCGAAGCGCAAUCCGGAAAUGCUUGACAAAUUCGUUUUAUGCCAAGUCCCUUGUUACACCGAGGGCGAGGAAUCGUUGCGACGAACUAUUGAUUCCCUCGCCGCUCUUAACUAUGACGACAAGCGGAAGCUCAUUUUCAUGAUCUGUGACGGGAACAUCAUCGGUAGUGGCAACGACAGGACGACACCGCGCAUUGUCCUUGAUAUAUUGGGGGUCGAUCCAAAGCUGGAUCCGGAGCCACUUUUGUUCAAGUCAAUAGGGGAGGGUUCACGGGCUCUGAAUUAUGGCAAGGUUUACUCUGGUCUGUAUGAGUUUGAAGGCCAUGUCGUGCCAUACAUGGUGGUGGUAAAGGUGGGCAAGCCGACGGAGCGGUCCAAGCCCGGCAACCGUGGCAAGCGAGACAGCCAGAUCCUUCUUAUGUCCUACCUGAACAAGGUCCAUUUUGACUCUCCGAUGUCGCCCUUGGAGCUGGAAAUCUAUCAUCAAAUGCGUAACGUUAUCGGCAUUGACCCGGCGUUCUAUGAGUACAUCUUAACUGUCGAUGCGGAUACGACCGUUACACCGGACUCUGUGAAUCGACUGAUUGCCUCAUGCUCUGAUGACUCGAGUAUCAUUGGAAUAUGCGGUGAAACGAGAUUAGAGAAUGAAGAAGGCUCAUGGUGGACGAUGAUCCAGGUCUACGAAUACUACAUCUCCCACCAUCUUUCCAAGGCCUUCGAGAGCUUGUUCGGUUCAGUCACUUGUCUGCCUGGUUGUUUCUCCGUCUAUCGCAUUCGGACAGCCGACAAAGGUCGCCCUAUCAUCAUCUCCAAUCGUAUAAUUGAGGAGUACUCUGACCCUAACGUCGACACUUUGCAUAAGAAGAAUCUCCUUUCGCUCGGUGAAGAUCGGUUCUUGACCACCCUUCUGAUGAAGCAUUUCCCGACCUUCAAGACCAAGUUCAUUCCGGACGCUGUCGCUCACACUAUGGCCCCCGAGUCCUGGCGUGUACUAUUCUCGCAACGUCGGCGUUGGAUCAACUCCACUGUGCACAACCUUUGCGAAUUGGCGUUCCUUCCCGAGCUAUUUGGGUUCUGCUGCUUCUCAAUGCGAUUCUUCGUCUUCGUGGACUUGUUGGGUACGCUUAUCCUGCCGGCGACCUGUGCAUACCUUGUCUAUCUUAUUGUCACAGUCGCGACGAAGGCAGCUCCAAUUCCAUACAUCUCAAUUGGAAUGAUCGCGGCUGUGUAUGGUUUGCAGGCGAUUAUCUUCAUUCUCAAGCGAGAGUUCAUGCUCUUGGGAUGGAUGGUUGUCUACAUCAUCUCGUAUCCUGUCUACAGCUUCUUCCUGCCUAUAUACUCCUUCUGGUUCAUGGAUGACUUCAGUUGGGGUAACACUCGGCUUGUCAUCGGUGAAGGCAGUAACAAGAAGGUCGUCAUGAACGAUGAUGAGAAGUAUGACGAGUCCAUGAUCCCGCUCAAGAAAUUUAGUGAAUACGAAGCGGAGGCAUGGGAAACGGGCUCUCGCCAUUCUGAUGAGACGCAACGGACAGGCAGGACCGGACGCACUGGAUAUAGCAGCAAGCCUCGCUCGCGUUCGCACGCACCUGGCUCUCGGGGCGAAUCACCACACCCGUAUAACCAGUCAUCCCAAGCAGGCGACUUCUACCGUGAUACGAACGUCCUUAGCUCGCCUAAUCAGCGGUUGAGGAGCCAACCCUCACAGGGCCAGAUGUCGCAAUAUGGAGGGGGACAGGCCGGCUCGAUGUAUGGCGGCCAGAUGCCACAGCUGCCCUUCAUGCCGUUUGGCGGUGGACCGGGAUCGGUGGCGGGUUCUGAGCGCGGCGGUCCGAUGUUGCCUCCACUGGGGUACCAACACACCGGCAGCGUCUAUGGAGUGCCAAUGGCUGCGGGGCCGCGUAAUACGAUGAUGACGAACUACAACAUGUUCGGCGGCGACUCUCAGUCCGGAUUUGCUCCACCACCAUCGAUCCCUGCGCUCGGUAUGCAGCAAAGACCGAUGUCGACGUUCUCCUUGGCUACGUCGGUCAAUCCGUUCGCUCAAGCUCCGCCUAGUAUGGACCCCAAUCCUACGGAUGAGGACUUGUUCAAUGCGCUGCGGCUCUAUCUUAGCACCCAAGACCUAAUGACUGUAACGAAGAAAACUGCUCGCGAGGCCAUCCAGGCUCGAUUCCCCAAGGCGGACUUGAUUUCACGUAAGGACUUCCUGAACGAAUCUAUCGACAAGAUCCUCUCCGAGUCAUAGUAGACUUCGUAUCUCUGUUCUCAAGGACUGACUUUACUCUCAUCGGACGGUCUGCGGACAAAGACAUUCUGUCUCUAGUGCAUCCAUUCUCACUCAUUUGCAUCUCGGACUACUACUUCAUGAUAGCAUCGUUUCAGUUUUUCCGUAGCAAGAACACUUCUGUAUUAGUUCGUGGUUUGGACCGAUAGGAUAGAUUAAAUAAUGCACACGGGGAGUACGCCCAUCCCCAUAUGUGGCUGUGGCUGCGGG